AUGAAACUUCUGGGUUCAGGGACGUAUGGGACGGUGUCCCUCAUGGACUGGGACGGCCAGCCAGCAGCGCUGAAAGUAGCAAAAUCUUCAGAGUUUUCAGCAGUGUUUAAAAGCGAAGGCAACGUCCUCUCGUUACUGAAUGGUGCAGGAGGCGCCCCUUUGUUGUUGCAUAGGUCAGUGAAUCCACCAUCACUUGUGACCACCUAUAAAGGCAACCAGACCCUACAAGACGUCUUGAGACGUCCCAAAUAUGACCUUCUCGAGUUAGGACUUCAGGUUGGCAUAAAGUUACAAGAGGUUCACGAGGCGGGUAUAGUACACAAUGAUAUCAAAUGUGAUAACGUCAUGAUCCAAGGUCCGCCCCACAACCCACAGGUUAGUAUAAUUGAUUAUGGCUUGGCCUCCAGAAACAACGUGAAAAUUUUCCUGGAAGGUGACCCGACUAUCAAUACUAUAUAUGCCCCCGAGGUCCUUCAGAAGAAGGCGAGCACUUUUGCCUCAGACGUCUACUCUUAUGGGAGGCUAAUGCUGGUGAUAAAGAAGCGGUUGCCCAAGCAUCACCCGGAACUAGAUAAGUUGCUUCGGGAAGCAACAAACAAGAUCCCAAGGCGGCGCCCAACCCUUCAUAUCUUUCUUCGGCGUUUACGCGAAGUCAUAAGCAAAAUCUCACCGAAUACGAAAAGUUCCUGUAAAAAGCAGGACACCAGAGCAAUCUCCGACAGUUUGAACGCCAAGAAACUGCGAGAGCGCCGGACAAAGCGCAUUCGGAGCCCAUCUCCAAACAUGUUCGCUCAGCGCGGCAUGAAACUGCGCAAACGACCUAAAACGCGCCAUCAGACCCCAGCCAAAUAG